UAAUUUUUUUCAUUAACCUCUCUGUCUCUCUGACUCUAUCUAUCUCUCUUCAUUAUCCGAAUACACACCCAAUCGAAUCCAUUCAACCAGACGGGUCGUUUAUAAAAAAAAAUUCCAAAAAGAUUCCUUUUUCUCUCUCAGCUCAAUUUUUUCUAAAAGCUCCAACCUUUUCGAUCCUCUAGAUUCUCGGCGCCGGUUUAUCGGAGAAAUUAAAAUGGCUCAAUUCACGGGUCGGGUCGUUGGAGACUACUUGAUGGGUCGUCAAAUCGGGUCGGGCUCUUUCUCGGUCGUUUGGGAAGCGAGGCACCGCGUUGACGGCACUGAGGUUGCUAUCAAGGAGAUCGCCAUGGAUAGACUUAACAAGAAGCUUCAGGAGAGUCUCAUGUCUGAGAUUUAUAUCUUGAGAAGGAUCAAUCAUCCUAACAUCAUCCAUAUGAUCGACAUGAUCAAGUCUCCUGGAAAAGUGCAUUUAGUGUUGGAAUACUGCAAAGGGGGUGACUUGUCUGUGUAUGUCCAGAGACGUGGAAGUGUUCCUGAAGCUACUGCUAAGCAUUUCAUGCAGCAGUUAGCCGCUGGUUUACAAGUUCUUCGUGACAAUAAUAUUAUUCACCGUGAUUUAAAGCCUCAGAAUCUUCUUCUAUCCACAGAUGAAACUGAUGCAGAUCUGAAGAUUGCUGAUUUUGGAUUUGCAAGAUCGCUGCAACCUAGGGGGCUUGCAGAGACUUUAUGUGGUUCACCGUUGUAUAUGGCCCCAGAGAUUAUGCAGCUUCAAAAAUAUGAUGCAAAGGCAGAUCUCUGGAGUGUUGGUGCUAUAUUAUUUCAACUUGUGACAGGCAGAACUCCGUUUACAGGAAACAGCCAAAUUCAGUUGCUUCAAAACAUAAUAAGAUCAACCGAAUUACAUUUUCCAGCGGACUGUAGAGAUUUAAGUUUGGACUGUAUAGAUCUGUGUAAGAAGUUACUGCGCCGUAAUCCAGUGGAACGUUUGACAUUUGAAGAGUUCUUUAAUCACCCUUUUCUUUCGGACAGGCAGGCAUAUGAUUUCUCAAGGAGUAGAUUGGGGUUAAGAACAAUGGACGGUUUUCUUUCUUCUGGAAGCAGUCCCUCAAGAAACAUGGAAGAAAGUUCUCAAGAAGACUGUUUGCCAUUCUUCCUAGAUGAUAUUUCAAGUGGACCUGACGGGAGCCCUUCCAAUUUGAAAAAGACGUCCUCAAUGAUGUCGUCCUCUGGAUUUAACGUUGAUACCAGAGCUGAAAGAAGGGAGGCGGAAUCUAGUCCUUUAAGAUAUCCAGAACAUACUUCUGAACAUAGUAGAAUCAACCAAAGAGAGGAAAACGAUAGAUUUAGAUUUGAAACUCAAAUAAAUUCGGAUAGGAGAAACCGUAGGGAGCCUACAGGAUUGACUGAUUCCAGAUCACUUAUUGCUCCAGGAAGAGAUGAUUCUCAAGACUCCAUGGAUCAAGAUUUUGUUCUCGUAUCUGGACCACCAGUGGAUAUGCCAUCAUCUUCAUCAGGUUCGUCGAAGCCGUAUAAUUUCCCAUUCAAGUCUCCUCCUGUAGAAUUAUUCAACAGAAGCAUAAGUUCAACGGCUCCCAUGCCAAUAAUUGGUGCUACUGGCAACAGCAUUGGUCGGUUUGAUAGCCUGAACAGUCAGAACUCUGCCCCAAGCACUUCUCAUGGGUCUCUGGAUCUUGGAGAUGCUUUUGAACAGCCAUCAACUCACAGUCUGACAAGAAUCAGGUCUCUGAGAAAAUGUGCAGCAACAAUUACAGAAUUAGUUCAUGAAAGGAUUGAGUCUGACAAACAUCUAGAAGCCUUCUCUAUACAAUUGGCGAUUUUGGCAAUUUGGAAACAGGCACUGCACAUAUGUCAUACUCAGGCAAUUUCAGCUCUGGAAGGAAGCCCAAACCAAGACAUUAACAGACUAAGAAGUAGCAGCCUGAAAUACGAUACCCACAAUUCUGAUAAAAUUACUGGUCUCAGCCAUGAUGGAUCGGAGGAGAUGUCCUCUCAGAUUCAGAGGCAGUUUAUCCAGGAGAUUGAGCUUGCUGAAGAACUUGCCAAGAGUAUUGAACCUGGAAAUAUAAAAAUGCCGGAUGCAAUGGAGACAAUAUUCGAAGCAGCCCUUGAUCUUGGAAAACUUGGAGGAGUUAAGGAGUAUAUGGGAGAUAUAGAGAACGCUGGAAACCAAUAUUCGAAAGCGGUGCGAUUGCUGGUAUUUCUUCUAGUAGAAGCACCAAUGCUGAUUCUGAACCCGCCAUUGUCUCUUACAAACUCAGUCAGGUAUCGUCUCAGGACAUACAUCGAUUUCCUCAGCAGAAGGUUAAAACAUCUGCAGUCACACAGAAAAAGUUCAGGUGGUGGUCAGAUGCAAGGAUCAUCAUUAACCAUGAUGAACAGACAAUCAUCAUAAACCCAUUAUUCACUCCGUUUGGGUUCCCUUGUUCUUCUUGUGUUCUUUUUUUUUUUUUUUGAAUUAUUUAUUCUAAAAGAGAAAAAUGUAUUUGUUUUUUGUACAGCAAAAAUCAUAUAAUUCUUAUUCUUUUGGGGUUAAAUCUGGAGAGGGACGCUGAGGAUAAAUCAAGGGGGAUAGCUACAAAUGCAAAAUUACACGUCUUUCAUAUAAGAAAUGAACCAUGUUGAUAAAGGUUUCAAUUUUUGUUCGGUUCAGUUUAUAACACAAUUUAUUUAUCUUUUAUUACCCAAUUUAUCCUUGUAUUGA